AUGCCGAGCACAGCUGUCAUCCACGCUGCGUGUUUCGCGGUUGGCGCAGUAGUAGGAGGGGGUGUGGUCAGUGCUGUAGCAUCCACGAGGAGGCAAAUCCCUAGUAUGACCACCUCACCCAGCGCAUCCGUCGCCCCUCCAAUAAUCGAAAUGGGCCAGAGUGGCGGCACGCAAUUCUCGAAUGCUGUUACAGUCUCUGCACUGUCGUCCCCGGUCUUAAAAUACGGUCACCCAGGUCCUGUACCGGACCUCCUGGUUCGUAAAGCGUACACUGCUGCGUAUGAUCGGAGACUCAGGCACCCGGCAUGGACUGCAGAGCAUCUUACUCUUGCAUCUAUUGGCAAAUCCGGUCAGCAGCGUCUCUCAGGAGAUGGGUCACCCGACCGCUCAAACUCGACGUUCGUGGAGGAUGAGUCUCUCCCGGCGAUGUUCCGCGCGAAGCUGCAAGAUUACUUCCGAAGCGGGUAUGAUCGUGGACAUAUGGUCCCUGCUGCAGACGCCAAGCUCUCUCAGGAGGCUAUGGAUGAGACGUUUUUAUUAUCGAAUAUUGCGCCUCAAGUAGGCGCAGGCUUCAAUCGGCAUUAUUGGGCAUACUUGGAAGACUGGUGUAGACGCCUCACAGGGUCUUUCUCUGAUGUCUACGUCUUUACUAUCCCGUUGUAUCUCCCCCGAAAAGAUGCAGAUGGCAAAUUCCGCGUGACAUACGAAGUUAUUGGUUCCCCGCCAAAUGUUGCGGUCCCGACGCAUUUUGCCAAAGUUGUACUGACCUCGAGACCUUUGUCGCCUUCAGCGCCAGAUACACUAGAAAUUUCUACGGGCGCGUUUGUGCUCCCGAAUGCCAUUAUUCCUGACGACGCACCUCUGCAGAGUUUUGUUAUACCAGUUGAUGUUGUAGAACGUGCUGCUGGCCUCAAUCUAUUCUCAGACGAUGUCAAGGCAAACUCCAAACACAUAUGCAAGAGCACGAAGUGCGAUGUGGUGGUACGCAGAUUCGAUGAUGCACAAAAACGGCCAGAGAUGCGUCGGGCUAUCUCUGCCCCCAAGUAG